AUGGCCGCACAAGAGGGCGCACCUCUCGAAGAAGACCAGAGAGAAUUCUUAAAUAGGAUGUUCCUCGACAAUCUACUUAUAGCCAAGGAAACUGGCAUACACACAAGGGUGUCCGCUAUAAGGCUGUUCGCACUAAUAGAGGAUCUUCUCUUCGAGCCAAGGGUUCCCCUUGCGGACGAACCAGAAAAACUGUAUGAGCUCACAGAACAAGGAAGGAUAGAUGGGAAUUAUAGGGAGCUACUGAAUCACCCAUGGUUUUUCGGUAGAAAUCUGAAGCCGGAAAUUAAUAAUGGUUUAGAACGAACUACUAAGAAUAGAAUUGACGUGGAAGAGCUCGAGAGCGUGUCCAAGAAAGUCAUCGACACUUUCUCUGAUGUCCUGCAGGACUAUGCUAAAGGAGGCCUUGAUUAUCAUUUUUCCUCGAAACACGACGGAAAAGGACCCCACGCCAAUGUCCAUCAUCCGGACGCGGACAGGGUCCACCUCCUCCUUGCCGGCCUCGGUGAUCCCAACGAAAGCCUCACCAGCUGGGAAGACGUAUUUCAUCGCUGUAACGAGGAAGAUAUGCGAGAAUCUUGUUCAACGACCGUCAUCGAUUUACCUGGAUACGGAAAGACCAGACUGCUCUUUGAAGCAGUUGCGAAGUAUUUUCUGAUAUAUUUCACUUGCUCUAGGGAGGAAGCGACUUGGACAACGGGAUCAGGUGAUGUACAGUGGGUGGUGGAAACCGUUAACACGACUUCAAAAAGCACGCAUGAGGGUUCGAAGGCAGUGCGGAGAGCAUUCUACGUCCUUGUCUACACAAGGAUGUACGUUCUCGCCUCCUUCCUGGACCUAGUUUUAUCACAAAACCCGGCCCCUUUCGAUGCCCGCCGCCGCCUCUUGCUUCUCCAAGCCUGUCCACCAUACCUCGCGAACUCAGAGGAUAUCUUCGUCCACAUCGCAAAAGUAGCUCAGACGUUUGAUGGCGACACACUCCGCCGUGCCGCUAGGAAAUUCUUGGAUAAGUUUCGUGACUCCAUCAAGAAAAUCGUGCACGGCACCAACGACUCACUGCGGAUACAUGUCACCUUUGAUGAAGUGCACAUUGCCACUCGUGAUCCUUGGCUCUCCCAAAGAUGUUCAAUCCUUCCACGGAUGCUCGAGAUGAUGGAUUUCUCUUUGCACCCAAGGACGGUCGUGUGUGCGGCAUGA